AUGGGUGCUUCAUUGGACGAAUACCCAAAGUUGAUCGUGGAGCUGUCUGGCCGCAGUACUCCAGUAAAGAUAACAGAAGCAGCGAUCCUCGUUUGUCUCAUUCUUUUAGCCUUUGUAGGCAAUGUUUUGGUGUGCAUAGCUGUCUUCAAAAAAGCACAUCUCCGCACGAUUCCAAACAUGUUUAUAAUGAAUUUAGCAGUGAGUGAUAUUCUGAUGGCCAUCGUGUGCAUGCCUAUUUCUUUACACGUGCUAAUUUCUGGCAAAUGGCCGUUUAGCUCGUCAGUCUGUGAUAUGCAUGGCUUUUUCAUUUUUACUUUUGGUAUAGUCUCGCAAGUCAACAUGUCCGUCAUCGCCGUAAACCGUUAUUUCGCCCUGUGUCGUCCAUUUCAAUGUAAAGCCAUUUUUACCAAGAUAAAUGUCCUCUCCAUGAUCGCGAUUCUUUGGAUCUUACCAAGCGUUGCAAGCGUCCCACCUCUGGUUGGCUGGGGAUAUUACGCCUUUCACCCUGGCAAAGCGUUGUGUAGCUACCCGUUCCACGUUAACAUGAUCUACGCGAUGAUAGUCCAAAUUCUCUUUAUCGCAUUCCCAAUGGGACUCAUCGUGUUCAGUUACACGAGGUGCAUCCUUGCCAUCAAAUCAAACAACCGUCAAAUCGCUGAAAUGUCUGACGACCCAGGUUCUGUUGGUCAAGGGUCCAGAAAAGCGCGCGAAGUUCGCGCCACCUGGACAAUGCUGUUUUCCACUCUGGGUUUCAGUAUGUGUUGGUUACCAGUAUCUGUCAUUGACUUCAUAGAAACGUCCAGAGGAGGCGAAAAUUUACCACGCCAAGUGUUCAUGCUGAAUGGCUUCCUCAUCUUCUUCUCAAGCACGAUCAAUCCGUUCAUCUAUUGCCUGUCAAACCGCGACUUCAGAAAAGCAUUCCGGAAAGUAAUUCCUUUUGGAAUUAAAAGGAAUGAGAUAAUGGCGGGAGACGGUUGCCACACAGCAUGCAAAGGCACCGCUGUUCAAUCACUGGACUAA